AUGGCGGCACGCGGCGGUCGGCCCACCUCGCUCGGAGCUGUGAUCUCUGAGGUCAGCGACCAUGCCUGGUCGGCCACCGGCAUCGGCGGCUUGUCUCACGCGCACGGCGCGCGCCUGCCGCUGAUGCGACUGCUCUGGCUGGUCCUGUUUCUGGUCGGGCUAGCGCUAACGGCCAUCGACGUACGCAGGGUGGUCCUAGAGUACCUGAGCUCGCCGCACGUGACCAAGACGGAUACCAAGUACGAGACGACCGUACCGUUUCCAUCGGUGACUGUUUGUAAUCAGAACCAGGUGGACUGCCUGCUCCUGCUGAAGCACUCAAUGGAUCCGCGCUACACGGCUGUUCUGAGUCGCGUGCUGAUACUGUCUGACUGCCUGGAGGAGGAUGCGCUUUCCUGUCCUCUCGUGUGGGACACUGUGGCCAGUUCGGCCAAUGAGCAAUUGAUCGACGACACAGAACCCUUUUGUCUGGGGUGUGGACGCUGCAAGGGCCUCAGAGACCACAUCGCAAAGGAGCAGGAGUUUAACAGAUCGGUAGAAAGCAUAACAGCGUUGUACCGUCACAUGGGAUGUCAGUCGACCUGUCUGGCGGACAGUGCUGACGAGGAGCCUGACGAAGACGACGGGAGGGGUUCGGAGAGAAACCAGCCGCCAGAUGUAAUGGCUACGGCAACUGGAGGAACUGACACGGCUGGUGGCGGGGAUCGAGUGGCCGGCACUAAUUCAUCAACGAAUGAAGACUCCACUACCGAGGAUGGUAUCUCUGGAAGAAACGGCACAAUGUCGGGAAACACCAGGACAGAAGAUGGAGCCAUCAGUGGCAAUGGCACUUUGGCCGGAAGUACACCAGACGCCAUUAUUAGAACUGCGCGAGUGAAGCGCAAAGCUUCACCCGAUGAUGGCGGGCCAUCCGGAGGCGACUGGCAAUCGAGCAUCGACGCCUCGUCGGUGCUGACACCCAGCCAGACGCACGACGCCUACAUGGAGUUUCUGUUCGAGUACCUGUCGCUGCCGGAGGAGCUGCGUGCUGCCGUCGGGGUGCAGUUCUCGGACCUGGUUGGCGCCUGUGUCUACUCCGGCACCGACUGCAAACAGGCGCGCUUCUUUUGGAGGUAUACUACCCCCGAGUAUGGUAAUUGUUAUACCUUCAACACCGAUAUUGUAUCAACAGCCGACUUCCAGGCCGGUACACGGAGCACAAGCUUCACGGGCGACAAACAUGGUCUGGUGAUGAUCCUGAACACGGUGCCGGACCGGUACCCCCCGGCACACACGGCCGCCUGGGGCGCGCGCGUGGUGAUCCACCCCAGCGACCAGCUGCCGGCGGUGGGGUCGGCCGGUCUCAGCCUGCCGCCACAGACCACCACCGCCUUGGCUCUCCGACAGGCAAAUGAACAGCGACUGCGAAGUCCGUACUCCGCCAAUUGCAUCUCCGAGUGGAAUGAGACCGACAUUUACCCGAAGCUUCAGCGAGACAACGAAGCUUUGGCGGUAAACCGAAUAGCCUAUUCCAAAGAGGUCUGUGAACUGUUGUGUUCCCAAAGUCAGUUCAUGCGACUAUGCGGCUGCACACACCCCCUGCUUCCGACGUAUUUCGGUAACCGGACAGAGUCGGAGCAGCCACUGCCACAUUUGCCACCCUGCCAGAUGUUCACCAAUGGUAACCAUUCCGAAUGUGUUGAUGAUGUUCAAGAUCAACUGAACCGACAAGAACUGACGUGCAAAUGUCCGUUGGCGUGCCAGGAUACUUCCUACGACAUUCUGUCCUCUUCCGCACGUUGGCCACAAAACUUGGUAAAUGCCGCUGGAAGAAUGGGCCUAUCCGGCGAUAUUCUUACCACUGCCCAGAUGAACGAAUUAGAAGAAGAAAUUCUGGAGCUGAAGGUCUAUUUUCGUACCCUGUUGACUGAAAAUAUCGAGCAAGAGGGAGAGUUUACGGGGGAAGCUCUACUAAGCACGCUUGGAGGAGCGAUGUCACUGUAUUUGGGAAUAUCUUUGGUCAUGCUGGCGGAAUUUCUUCAGUAUAUCAUUCUACUUCUCUGGGCUGUACUACGAUAUUUUGCUGGGAAAUUCAACGGCGACGCUACACGUGAGAAGAGCCAGUGGGCUACUCCUCCGCCGAGUGUUGGCGUGACCAAGGUGGUGAUCACGCGUCCAGUCGGACUGAAGCACCCGUACCUCAGCGGGGCACCGACAAACGGCGGCAGCGCCGCGCACCGCCGCAGCAACUACUGAACUGUUCUAUACAACACACCGCGCGGCGUGCGCCGCCGGCCGCAGCAACUACUGAACGCCAAACGGCGCCCACACACGCUGGGCCAGCCUGCUGGCUUCGUUAUUCACGAAAGCCGGCUAGUCUAGCGCGAAUUUUCCGUUAUUGUUGCUAACUAACGGUUUAUUGAUAAAGCUAGCACCGUUAAUAGCACCAUUUCCAAGCAAUGUCUUGGAACGGCCAUUUGCUGGCCGAUUCGGAUGCACUGGCAGCGGCCAUCAAUAAACGAAUGACGCACAGCAGUUUGCGUCUUCACAACACGAGUUGGGCGUGCACGUGCAGCCGGGGGCCUAGUCCUAUUUGAACAAUGGCACUCAUAACUAGUUUUUGCAGCAAUCGGCCUCACCCAUGGGUGAGGCCUUUAGACGCUAGUGCACUAGCGUCUAAAGUCGGUCUUCAUGAAGCACCUUAUCUUCCUUCAUGCAAGUCAAACACGAAAGGUCAUUGCCCUCACGAUAACACUCGACUUUAUCGAUAGCGCAUGUCACUUGUUACGAUCCGACAAUAACUUGGCACCGUGCAUCGAGUUUGACUUACGCUGCCGCUCGUUCUCUUUGCAAACAUGCCGACUACUUUCGACUGUUCUAUGUCAUCAGUAUGUGUCAUUGCCCCAAGGGACAUUCAGGUCAACAACUUUAACUCGGCAGUUGCCAUGGGAUAUUUCGCCACCCACCACUUUUAUGGACCUACAUGUGUGUAUGUAGGUAUAGACUAACACCAGUAAGACGCCUUUUGGGGGCGAUUAACGAGCGAGCGAAAGAGUGAGCCUUGCACGUGCGGAAGGGCGAGAGGGUACUUUGGCUUGUGCACGGCACCCCACUAACCGGUCACUAACAGUGUGCCAACUUUAGAGGCAAUCGACCCAGCCGUUCUCGAGAUCUGGGCCUCGUUUCAUAAAGCGAGUCCGUAACUUACGCCGGUUUUUGGUCUUGCAUUGCAAGUUCAUGUGAAGCGUUAAAUUUAUUUCCCCUUCUCCCUUCUGUCCUUGCUUGCAAGAUGAAUAAAUUCAACGAUUCAAACUAUCGUCAUCGCUUCACAUGCACUUGCAAUGCAAGACCAAAAACCGGCGUAAGUUACUGACUCGCUUUAUGAACUGAGGUUCAGGAAGCGGCACGCUGCACGUGCGUACGUAUAAACUGGGCCCAAAGUGACUUUUGCACGGCACUUUACCAACCGGUUUCCAAACGCUUACCAAAUUUGAGCGAAGUCGGCCCAGCCGUUCUCGA